CCCGGCUGAAAGGUCCAAAGUUCCCGCGGCGAGCCGCGUCUCUCCUCUGCUCCAAACUGUCGGAGCUCAGGCGCAUCCAGACGCGCAGGACGCAGCGCGACCAGACGGACUUUAACUGGAUGAAAACUCCUGAAACAAAGAGUGAAGGCGCUGCUGAGGGAGCGAGGGAGCGAGGGAAGGAGGGAAGGAAGGAAGGACGGAGCAUCCCGCAGCGGCUGGCAGGAUGAAGACGAUGCGCUGAAAGUUUCGGUUCGUUUUAACUGGGAAUGAGUUGGAUCAGCGUCCACACAGGGAAUCCUCUGGGAUUACAAUAAAGAGGAGCCAUGGAUAACUUCUUCACUGAGGGGGAUCGGGUGUGGCUCCGGGAGGAGGAGCAGUUCCUGCCCGGCUCCGUGUCUUCCUGCUCUGGAGGCGUCGUCGUCUUCGCCACAGACUACGGCCAGGUCUACACCUACAAGCAGAACGCCCUCACCAGGCAGAAGGUGCAGCCCAUGCACCACAGCAGCGUCAGAGGCGUGGAGGACAUGGCCACGCUGGAGGACCUGCAUGACGGCGCCAUCAUGCACAACCUCUACCAGCGAUACCAGCAGAGGCAGAUCUAUACGUACAUCGGCUCCAUCCUGGCCGCGGUGAACCCGUACCAGCCGCUGCCCGGCCUGUACGACCGGCCCGCCAUCGAGCUCUACAGCCGCCACCACCUCGGUGAAAUCUCUCCACACAUCUUCGCUGUGGCCAACGACUGCUACCGCUCGCUGUGGAGGAGGCAGCAGAACCAGUGCGUCCUGAUCAGUGGAGAAAGUGGAGCUGGUAAAACCGAAAGCACCAAGCUGAUUUUGAGGUUUCUGUCCGCCAUGAGCCAACACUCGCUGGAGGUUUCCUGCAGAGACAAAACGUCGCACGUGGAGGAGGCACUGCUGGAGAGCAGCCCCAAUGAGGCCUUCGGAAACGCCAAGACCGUCUACAACAACAACUCGAGCCGCUUCGGGAAGUUCGUCCAGCUGCAUUUCAGUCAGAAGGGAAACAUCCAGGGAGGAAGAAUAGUUGACUAUCUGCUAGAAAAAAAUCGAGUUGUUCGGCAGAACCCAGGAGAGAGAAACUAUCACAUUUUUUACGCCAUAUUAUCAGGAGCCAACAACCAGCAAAGAGAGGCGUUCGGGUUGACGCGUCCUGAAAGCUACCACUACCUGAGACAGUCCAACUGCACGGAGGACAAGACAAUCAACGACAGCGGCACCUUUCAGGACGUUCUGAGCGCGAUGCGAACCAUGCAGUUCACAGAGGAGAACAUCAGGGAGGUCCUGCGCCUCCGCGGGAUUCUCCAUGCAGGAAACAUCGAGUUCAUGACGGCUGGAGGCGCUCAGGUCGCCUCAAAAUCAGCUCUGAGUUGGACGUCUGAACUUUUGGGCCUGAACUCAGAUCAGCUGGCAGAAGUCCUGACUCACCGCUCCAUGAUCCAGGGGGAGGAGAUCUCCACGCCUCUAACAGUCGAACAGGCGGUGGACUCCAGGGACUCCAUGGCCAUGGCACUUUAUUCUCAGUGUUUCAACUGGAUCAUUCACAAGCUGAACCACCGGAUCCGGGGCAAGGAGGACUUCAAGUCCAUCAGCAUCCUGGACAUUUUUGGAUUUGAGAACUUUGAGGUUAACCGCUUUGAGCAGUUCAACAUCAACUAUGCAAACGAGAAGCUUCAGGAAUAUUUCAAUAAGCACAUUUUCUCCCUGGAGCAACUUGAAUACAACAAAGAGGGCCUGGUUUGGGUCGACAUCAACUGGAUGGACAAUGGAGAGUGUCUGGAUUUGAUCGAGAAGAAACUGGGUCUCCUGGCGCUGAUGAACGAGGAGAGUCACUUCCCCAAAGCCACAGACGACACCUUACUGGAGAAACUCCACAGCCAGCACUCGAAAAAUCCAUUUUAUGUGAAACCUCGUGUUGCUGUGCACCUAUUUGGAGUCAGACAUUAUGCAGGAGAGGUGGUGUAUGACGUGAGGGGGAUGCUGGAGAAGAACAGAGACACUUUCAGGGACGACAUCCUCAACAUGCUGAGAGAAAGCAGGUUGGAUUUUGUCUAUGAUCUGUUUGAACACGUAUUGAGCCGAAACAAGCAGGACACGCUGAAGAGCAGCACCAAGCACAGACGGCCCACCGUCAGCUCCCAGUUCAAGGACUCUUUGCACUCUCUGAUGGCCACCCUGAGCACGUCCAACCCGUACUUCAUCCGCUGCAUCAAACCAAACACACACAAGAUGCCUGACCAGUUUGACCAGACGGUGGUUCUGAACCAGCUCAGGUACUCCGGCAUGCUGGAAACGGUGAAGAUCCGGCGCAGCGGCUUCCCGGUCCGCAGAUCCUUCCAGGACUUCUGCUCCAGGUACAAAGUCCUGAUGAGGGGCGUCCUGACUCCAGACGACCACCGGGGGCGCUGCAAGCAGCUGCUGCACCUCUAUGACAGCAGCAGUGCAGAUUGGCAGCUCGGCAAAACCAAAGUUUUCCUUCGAGAGUCUCUGGAGCAGCGGCUGGAGAAGCAGAGGGAGGUGGAGGUUCUGAAAGCAGCCAUGAUCAUCCAGGCCCACAUCCUGGGCUACAUGGCCCGGAAGCAGUACAGGAGGCUGCUGCAGUGCAUUGUGGUCAUUCAGAAGAACUACCGGGCUUUCUACUGGAGGAGGAAGUUCCUGCUGCUCCGCUGGGCCGCGCUCACCUUCCAGAAGCGCCUGCGGGGCCAGCUGGCCCGCCGGGCCGUCGGCCGCCUGCUGGACGAGAGGAGGAAGAGGGAGGAGGAGGAGGAGCGCCGCAGAAAGAUGGAGGAAGAGAUGGAGAGAGAGAGACUGAGACUGGAGGCGGAGCGACGCGCCAAAGAGGCUGAGGAGGCUCUGCGGCUGGCGGAACUGCAGCGCGCCGAGGAGCUGGCCUCUCUGGUUUUUACUCAGUCUCAGCUGGAGGAAGCAGCUGCAGCUCUACCUGAAACUCCAGAGGAGCUGCAGUCGGUCUUGCAGGAGGCCGCCGAGGAGGAGGAGGCCAUCCGCCCCCAGGAGGCGUCCCAGGUGGAGGAGAUCCUCCGGCUGGAGCGAGAGAUCCAGGCGCUGCAGAGGCAGAAGGAGCAGCAGGAGCUGUCCCUGACGGAGGCGUCGCUCCACCGCCUGCAGCGCCUCCGGGAUCAGGAGCUGCAGCGGCUGGAGGACGAGGCCUGCAAGGCGGCGCAGCAGUUCCUGGACUCGCUCAACUUCGACGAGAUCGAUGAGUGUGUGAGGAACAUUGAGAGCUCGCUGGGCGUCGGGGAGGAAGAGGAGAAAGAGAAUGGAGGGAGCAGAGGCGCCGACGAAGAGGAGGUCGAUGAAGGGUUCGGAGCCGACGACGAGGCUUUCAAAGACUCUCCCAACCCAAGCGAGCACGGCCACUCCGACGGCCAGCGGACCAGUGGGAUCCGGACGAGCGACGAUUCCUCUGAAGAAGACCCGUACGCCAACGAUGUUCCGAUCCCCGCGAUGCCCCUCACCACCCUGCUCCACCAGCCGCUGCCUCCGUUACCGCCGGCCGCCCACAGCGUCUCGUCCAGCGGCGACUCCGCUUUCUGCCACCCGCAGGCGUCGUCAGAGGCGCCGUCCGACGACCUGGUGGAGCUGAUUCCUCCAGACGAGGACUCGGACUACGACCAGGACGACUAUGACGAGGGCGCCAUCGUGUCCAGUGGCAGCGUGGCGUUCUCCAACCCGCGCAGCGGGCAGUGGUCUCCGGAUUACCGGGGCUCCGUGGGAACGUACAACAGCUCAGGGGCUUACCGCUUCAGCUCCGAAGGCGCUCAGUCAUCGUUUGAGGACAGUGAAGACGACUUUGACCGGUUUGACACAGACGAUGAGUUGUCGUAUCGCCGGGACUCGGUCUACAGCUGCGUCACUCUGCCGUACUUCCACAGCUUCCUCUUCAUCAAAGGAGGCCUGAUGAACACGUGGAAGCGGCGCUGGUGCGUUCUGAAGGACGAGACCUUCCUGUGGUUCCGGGCCAAGCAGGAAGCUCUGAAGCAGGGCUGGCUGCACAAGAAGGGAGGCGGCUCCUCCACGCUGUCCCGCCGCAACUGGAAGCGUCGCUGGUUCGUGCUGCGCCAGAGCCGGCUCAUGUACUUUGAGAACGACAGCGAGGAGAAGAUGAAGGGAGUGCUAGACAUGCACAAUGCCAAAGAAAUCGUUGAUAACACGGGGAAGGAGAACGGCAUCGACAUCGUGAUGCCAGAGAGGACAUACCACCUGAUCGCAGAGUCUGCUGAGGACGCCAGUCAGUGGUUCAGCGUGCUGAGUCAGGUCCACGGCUCCACAGAACAGGAGAUCAGCGAGAUGCACGACGAGCAGGCCAAUCCGCAGAACGCUGUGGGAACGCUGGAUGUGGGCAUGAUCGACUCGGUUUGUGCUUCAGAUAAUCCAGAAAGACCAAACUCCUUUGUCAUCAUCACUGCGGAGCGAGUUCUGCACUGCAACGCCGACACGCCCGAGGAGAUGCACCACUGGAUCACUCUGCUGCAGCGCUCCAAGGGAGACGCGCGCGUCGACGGGCAGGAGUUCAUCAUCAGAGGCUGGUUGCACAAAGAGAUGAAGAACAGCACCAAGGCCUCGCUGAAGCUGAAGAAGCGCUGGUUCCUGCUCACCCACAAUUCCCUGGACUACUAUAAGAGCUCUGAGCGGAACGCCUUGAAACUGGGAACGCUGGUUCUGAACAGCCUCUGCUCCGUGGUGCAGCCCGAUGAGAAGCUCUACAAGGAGACCGGAUACUGGAACGUGAUCGUCUACGGGCGGAAACACUCGUACCGGCUCUACUGUAAGCUGCUGAACGAAGCCACGCGUUGGGCCAGCUCCAUCCAGAACGUCAUCGACACCAAAGCUCCCAUCGACACGCCGACCCAGCAGCUCAUCCAGGACAUCAGGGAGAACUGUCUGAACUCAGAGGUGGUGGAGCAGAUCUACAAGAGGAACCCCAUCCUGCGCUACAGCCACCACCCGCUGCAUUCGCUGCUGCCGCUGCCGUACGGAGACAUCCAGCUGAGCGCGUCACAGAGUCGGAGCUACACCACCCUGCAGGCCGAAGCCCUCCGGGUGUUCGGCUCCCUGCAGCACCUGGACGGCGUGGCCGACCCGGUCGCCAUCAUCCAGGGCAUCCUGCAGACGGGCCAGGAGCUCAAGCCGCUGCGCGACGAGCUCUACUGCCAGCUGAUCAAGCAGACGGCCCGGCCGCCGCAGCCCGGCGGCACGGCCAACCUCUGCAGCUGGAAGAUCCUGGCCUGCAUGUGCUGCACCUUCAUCCCCUCACGGAGCAUCCUCAGAUACCUGAAGUUCCACCUGAAGAGGACCAGAGAGCUCUUCCCCGCCUCAGAGAUGGACCGCUACGCCGCCUUCGCCUUCGACUCCCUGAAGAAGACUCGGGCCAGGGAGAACGUGCCGUCGCAGGAGGAAAUCCGCUCCAUCGUGGCCCGGCAGGAGAUGAGCACCACAGUGCACUGCCAUGGCGGAGGCUCCUGCAAGAUCACCAUCAACUCACACACCACUGCAGGGGAGGUGGUGGAGAAGUUGAUCCGCGGUCUGGCCAUGGAGGACAGCAGGAACAUGUUCGCUCUGUUCGAACACAACGACGCCUCAGAGAAAGCCAUCGAGAGCCGGACCGUGGUGGCCGACGUUCUCGCCAAGUUUGAAAAACUUUCAGCGAGCGCAGAAGAAAGCAACACGGGCUGGAAGCUGUACUUCAAACUGUACUGCUUCCUGGACACGGACGGCGUUCCCAAGGACAGCGUGGAGUUUGCCUUCAUGUUCGAACAGGCCCAUGAGGCGGUCAUCCAGGGCCACUAUCCGGCCCCGGAGGAGACGCUCCAGUUCCUGGCCGCCCUCAGGCUCCAGUACCUGCUGGGCGACCAGAACCCCCAGACCACCGUGCCCGAGAUGAGCCAGGUGUUCCCCAUGGCCCGACUGCGGACCCGGGUCCAGAACUCGGCCAAGACGUUUUCCGGCUCCGGCUCUGUGGCGGAGCGCUCCGGGACGGCGGAGCGGAAACGCUCCAGCUUCCUGGAGGGAACGCUGCGGCGGAGCUUCAGGAGCGGCUCGCUGAGCCGGCAGAGGCUGGAGGAGGAGAACAGCCUGGAGGCCUGGCUGAGGGAGGAGGCGGCCGCCGUCCGGACCAGCGUCCUGGACAAGUGGAGGAAGCUGCAGGGCAUGAGCCAGGAGCAGGCCAUGGUCAAGUACAUGGUGCUGGUGAAGGAGUGGCAGGGCUACGGAUCCACGCUCUUCAACGUGGAGAGCCGUGACGGAGCGUUCCCGGCGGAGCUGUGGCUCGGCGUGAGCCGGGAGUCCAUCUCCGUGUACAAACGCGGCGAGCUGUGGCCCCUGGAGGUCUUCCCCUACGAACUCAUCCUGUCCUUCGGCGCGCCGCUGCCCAACGCCUACAAGAUCGCCGUGGAGGGCCGGGAGCUGCUGUUCGAGACCCAGAUGGUCAUGGACAUCGCCAAGCUCAUGAAGGCGUACAUCAGCAUGAUCGUGAAGAAGCGCUACAGCAACAGUCAGUCAGUCGGCAGCCAUGAGAGCAAAUGCAGCGCCUGGUGAAGCCGGACGGAGCCUCAGGGGCCCACAGGGCCGGAACCGAACCCACAACAGAACCCGAGUCAAGACGGCCCUGCAGGCCAGAACCGAACCCACAACAGAACCCGAGUCAAGACGGCCCCGCUCCUUCCUCAGAUUAUAUGAAAUAGGUGUCAAAUGUUUGUGCUGCAAUUUUUUUUUGUGCCGUUAUGAUUUUUAAGAAAAAAAUAGUUUCCAGAGAUAAAGUUUCCGUCUUUAUCCCAAAAACUAAACAAAAUGGAUGGAAGUUAAUUGUGCUGCAUUUGUGCAGGAAUGUUUUUGUUUUUGCCAUUUUAAUUUGUAAGAUUUAAAAAAAAAAAAGUUUCCAGAUGUCAACAGAAAUCAGCUUUCUGACCUCUGACCCCACGCAUGAACAAAACGGAUAGAAAUUAAUCGUGCAGAAAAAAAUUUUGUUUCAACUUUUAAGAUGAUUUUUUUUAGGUUUUCAGAGGUCACCAGAGGUCAACCUGCCCUUUAACAAAAUCAAACAAAUUGCUAUAAAUUAAUUGAUGCUUCAUUUGUGCUGAAUUUUGCAUCAAAAUGUUUGUUUGCACUGUAAUAGUUUUUCAGACUUUGAAGAGUUUCCAGAGGUCACCAGAGGUCACCAGACAUCGUUUAAUUAUUGCUGCAGAAACGUUUGACACCAGUUUCAUUUCAUUCAGAGGAGGCGGGUCCUGGUCCGGUCCGGUCCGGGUCCACUCUGGUACCGACCGGCCUGCAGGGCUCUGAAAGUUUCUCCACUGGGUCCAAGUCGGGCUGCGAGUCUCCAUGGAAACCUGAGCUCAGACCAAAGCAUCACAAAAACAGAGUUUUUCUACCUGGAAGUGCUUUUAUCAACAAUCAGUCUGGAGUAAAAUUCAUCAGAAAAACUGAACGUUUUCCCUCCGGACCGCCUGAAAUGAUGCUUUUCUUGAAGCGGAUCGUGGUUCGGUCCGAUUCCAGCGACAUUCCCACGCAGAGAAGGAGGAGGAGGAGGAGGAGGAGGAGGAGGAAGACUCUCUGAGAGAAACUAAAUAUUAUCCAAAAGAAAAAAGGAUGAAACCAAAGAAACCAGUUCUCACUUGAGUGUCUGCUGACUUUUAGCCGCUCUUCAAAAUGGGAAAGACAAGAAGACAGGGCAGGAGACGUUACCGUGACGACGCGUCUGGCUGUGAAGCUGUCGUCUUUAGAGAAGAGACUGAAUGUAUUUUCCUUCCCGGCCCAAACAAACAACCAGCCCUCAAUCAGACAAUGAAGAAAUCACAAGUGCCUGUUUCCAUCCGGAUCAACUCCGAUCGGGUCCGAGGUUCUGCUGAGAAUAAAAACGGUGCUCCGAUGUUUCUGAACCGGUGUUUCUGAACCGGUCCUGCUGCACCAGCCGCUCCGGCCCAGAAACAGCAGAACAAUCAGGUCCCAAAUAUGAAAGCUUCCUGAUGAGCUGAGGCAAUCUGCUGUUUGACCACAGAAAAUCAAAAAGUUACAUUUUUAGGACUUUUGAGAUUUCUGAAAGGUUCUGAAAUCAGUGGUAAAACUCGUGAACAUUGUGGUUUUAAAGUGACAGUGAUGUAACUGUUGCAGUUCUUGCUUCAGCUCGACCGAGCCGCUCCACCGGACCCGGUUCGGCAGCAACAUUCCCACGUUUCCCUGGAGCUCCGCGGGCGGCAGAUCCACCCACAGACCUGCAGGUUCUGCCACUGUCCAGUGCCUUUUGUAAAUGCUGUACACUUCCUGUUUCACAUGCAGAUUGGUUUUUGGUAGAAUGUGUAAUGUAAUAUAUAUAUUAUAUGUGAUAUAAUCAUGUGGACUGUACAUUUCAGGUUUUUGCCUUCUGAUUUAUUAUCCAGCUUUUUUCUUGUAUCUUUUUUGUAUCUUUUUAAAUCUGAA